AUUUUAUUGAACACAACGGAAUCGUUUGAUCAUAAACCAAUCACACCAACAAUUCACCAAGCACCACCGAGAAUGGCAACGUUGCAAACAUUGGAAGCAAAGAUGGCAAACAUUGAAGAAUCGCUGAGUUUGUCAAUGGCUUCAAGAAGACGAAAAGGAACUUCGCUUGGCAGCGUCUCAUCGCGGUCGUCACCGAAAUUGGACACAAUUUUGAGCACGUCAUCAGCACACUCCAAAGAACCGCAUCAAGAUCGAGAGACGAUCAUGCAACAUUUACGAAUUCAACUUGGACUUGACAAACCAUUAGCUUCUACUUCAGUUCCAGCGACAGCGUCAAUGCCAACGACAGCGAAUGAAAACGAGAAGCCUGUGAAUGAUCAGAAACUGAGUCGACUGAAAAACGACGCCGAUAAUAAAAAAGUUGCAAUUAGAAACUUGAAGAGUGCGCUACAGAAAUUGGAUGCAAACACGUCGUCGCUUGAUAUCGACUCGAGGAUCCGUCAAGCUGAACUUGAAUAUGCUUUGGGACGAGAAGAACUUCAAUUGUUGUCGAUCGUGGAAGAAGCACGAAUGAUUCAAGUGAGACUUGAGAAGGAGAAGUCAAAGAAUGACGUCUCGUCUUUAUCUGCAUUGAUGAGAAAUGGAAAUCAGCUGACUUUGCAUGCAGUUCAAGCUUCGACAGGGAGAUGGAAUGCAAGUCAGAGGAAUGACGGCGGUGACGUAUUUUAUGUCGAUUGGAUGAUGGAA